UGCCAGCAAGGUCUCGAAAGAGACGCUCUAUGAGUGUGUAAGCGAGGUGUUGAAAUACUCCAAGGAGACCAAGAAGCGCAAGUUUGUCGAGUCGAUCGACCUUCAAAUCGGUCUCAAGAAUUACGAUCCCCAAAAGGACAAGCGUUUCUCUGGCACCGUCAAGCUGCGCAAUGUGCCCCGCCCCAAGUUCUCGGUGUGCAUCUUUGGCGAUCAACAACAUUGCGACGAGGCCACGGCCAAGGGUAUUCCCUCCAUGAGCGCCGACGACUUGAAGAAGCUGAACAAGCAGAAGAAGUUGGUCAAGAAGUUGGCGAAGAAGUACGACGCUUUCUUGGCUUCAGAGUCGCUCAUCAAGCAGAUCCCCCGUCUGUUGGGUCCCGGACUCAACAAGGCUGGCAAGUUCCCCGCUCUCCUGACCCAUGGUGACAACAUGGAAGAGAAGAUCAACGACCUGAAAGGCACCAUCAAGUUCCAGAUGAAGAAGGUGUUGUGCUUGAACGUUGCCGUGGGCAAUAUCGAGAUGACCGAAGAUGAACUCGUGCAAAACAUUCAUUUGGCCGUCAAUUUCUUGGUGUCGCUCCUCAAGAAGCAUUGGCAAAACGUGCGCUCUCUGUACAUCAAGAGCACCAUGGGACCCGCCCAACGUCUGUACUAGAGCUUUGUACGAUUCAAUAAACCUGGAGCUUGGAA